AUCGUUUUGCACGUAGCUUUUGGAUAUGCGGGGGCUAUAAAUAGACGCUGUGCUGCGAACACAAUCAGCCAUUAUCAUCAGCCUGCGCAUCACGGAGCCGCUCACCGGGACUGCACGGCUUGCGGAGAGAAACAGACUGCGUUGGUCUGCGGGUAAAAUGUUCAGGAAAUCGCUUCUACAUUUUGGACUGCGGAGGAACCGUGAGCGGUGUCACGGGCUUCAGAGAGUCACCGUUAAUUAUGGGGACAUUCACCGCCUGGACGCAUCUUCCGCCGCCGUGAUGGGUGCCAACGUCAAACCGAAAACUAUGGACGAUCUAGGCGGACCAAGUUUUAUGGCCACCUUAAACUGGCUGUUUGUAAAGGGGUAUUUCCAAACGACGCAACAAAUGCAGAUUGAGCACAAAAAGAUCUACGGUCCUUUGUGGAAGUCGAAGUAUGGCCCUAUUAUCCUUGUGAACGUUGCCAGUGCCAACUUCAUAGAGCAGGUGUUGAGGCAGGAGGGCAGACAUCCAGUGCGCUCGGACAUGCCCCACUGGAGGACCUACAGAGAGCUCAGGAACCAGGCCUAUGGACCCCUGACAGAAAUGGGUGCAAAGUGGCUGCGCAUCCGCAGCAUCCUGAAUCCUCGCAUGUUGAAGCCCAAACACGUCUCGUCCUAUGCCAACACCAUCAACCAAGUGGUAUCAGACUUCAUCGAGAGGGUGGCCUGGCUGAGGGAAACCAAUGGGCAGGGAGUGAUGGUCAAUGACCUGACUGGAGAGCUCUACAAAUUUGCUUUUGAAGGGAUCUGUUCGGUGUUGUUCGAGAGCCGUAUGGGCUGCAUGAACAAAGAAGUGCCCGAGGAAACACAGCAGUUCAUCUUCUCGGUGGGGGAAAUGUUCCGCCUCUCCCCAAUCCUCAUCCUCUUCCCUAAAUCCACCUGGCCCUACCUGCCCUUCUGGAAAAAGUUUGUGGCAGCGUGGGAUUAUCUCUUCAAAGUGGCUGAAGAGUUGGUUCAUGGCAAAAUGAAGGAGAUUGAGGAGAAGGUCGACCUGGACCAGAAUUUGGAGGGCGCGUACCUCACACACCUGCUGCUCAGUGAUCAGAUGACGGUCACUGAGAUCCUGGGCAGCAUUACUGAACUCCUGCUGGCAGGAGUCGACACAACCUCCAACACUAUCUCUUGGUGUUUGUACCAUAUGGCCAAGGAGCCAGAAAUCCAAGAAAAGUUAUACCAGGAGGUUAUAAGUGUUUGCCCCGGAGAUAAGGUGCCAGUCAGUGAUGACAUUUCUCACAUGCCAUACCUGAAGGCUAUCAUCAGAGAGACGCUACGGUUGUAUCCAGUGGUACCAGGGAACGCACGGUCUCUUGAAAAUGAGGUUGUGGUCGGAGAUUAUAUCUUCCCCAAACAUACCCUGUUCCACCUCUGCCAUUACGCUGCAUCCUACGAUGAGAACAUUUUCACUGACCCCCACACCUUUGUGCCUGAGCGCUGGCUGAGAGGAGUGGAGGAGAAGUCCAAGCAGCACCCUUUUGGGUCAGUUCCGUUUGGCUUUGGGAUCCGGGCGUGUCUGGGCAGACGGUUGGCAGAGCUGGAGAUGUAUCUCCUUAUGUCCAGGUUGAUUAAAACCUACGAGGUGAGGCCGGAUCCUGCUGGAACAGACGUCAAGCCAAUCACCAGAACCCUGCUCUGCCCUGCUACACCCAUCAACCUGCAGUUUCUGGACAGAAGAGGGGAGCGGGAGGAGCCGAGGGAAGCCACCAGAGUCUCCCUGUGAGCUGUUUUAGUAUUCACACUGUGAUGUCUGCCUGUCACCAAGCACUUGUUUAUAACACAUUCACUUCAUGAGGACUGGCUGGAAUGUGACCUCAACUGAAACAUGCAAAACACAGACUGAUUGAAAAUGUGAAAAGGUUGUACAGAAGGAGUUUUAUUUUAUACAACUUGAUGUUCUUUGGUUCUCAUCUUUUGCUUGGCUCCUAGCAUUUCAUAAAGCAGAUUGUCUCUGUGGUCUUUCAGUGUUUUUAAUGUGACUCAAACAGGAAACAUGAGGAGGUUUUAAGCUGCUGAAUUGGAAUGAGUCAAUUUUAACUACACAGCUAGCUCAUUGAAGAAACAUUUUUUAGACAACAGUGAGCCCUAGUGGAACAAGAUAUCAUGAUUUGGAUAAAAGGACAGAAGUGGUUUUCUUUGUGGUAUCGUUUUUUUAAACGAGAAAAAAUACUGAAUGUAGCUGGCUUUAUCCUUUAAAGUAUUCCGCUAUAAUUGGUCCAACAACCAUAUUUACCAGGCGGCCAUGUUGCUAGAAAUAGAUCCAGUAUGUUUUACCUAGCUCUUAUAUAAAUGUAUUCGUCGUAUCCAUUUAUCUCAAACGUAAGUGUGUGUUGUUGGCUAAUGUUAUCUGUGUUCUGAUGUGUUUUUAACUCAGACUAUAAGGAGUUUCAUCAUCCAUUGUCUGUGUGGUUUCUUAUCAAUUGGGCGGCUUAAAAAUGAAAACAGUCGAUCAGAUUUGCGAUGUUUGCAUGACUCAAACCUGAGACGUAACAGUAAGACACAAAGUAAAGUCUUUGACCUGCUCUCUUGUAAAGUGACUUGAGACAACAUUUGUUAUGAAUUGGCGCUAUACAAAUAAAGAUCAAUUGAUUGAUUGACAUAACAACUUCUGAACCUCCCACCCUGAGCAUGACAUCACAGCAAAAUGGCCACCGUGGAAUAUAUGGUCUAUUGGCACCAUCAGGGCUCGUGUCCACUUUUAGAGCGCUUCUCAUUGGCUCUUUUUGUUAAGUAACUAAAGUUAUCUUUCGGCAUUCCCCUUCCCUCAGUCUUGACCGUUAGGUGUUUUGAAUCACUCCGUAUGCCAAAUAUUUUUAUUUUAUUAAAGGACAUUUCACAAAAGAUUCUUAAAAACAAUGUAAAGGAAUCGAGUCCUGGCAUUAGCAGUACCUUCGAAAAGACGAUUAGUUUAUCAUCUGACGUUGUUGACAAACUUAAUAUCAGAAGUCCCGCCCCCUUCUUGAUUUUGAUAGGUUGGUGAGGGAGAAGUGACAUUGGGCAAACAGUUUUCCAAAAGUUGCACAGUGAAAAAAUACAGAUUACGCCGAGCGCUUUUUUGAGCAUGGAAAAUUCUGAACAGCUGUUAUGCCCCAUCUAGAGGAGGCCAAGACACAACCCCAAUAACGUCCCAAAUCCCUCACUUCCCAAGCGGAGAAUAGUUAACGUUAUCAUUCUUUAUUUUUCGAUACAGAAAUAACAUACCCAAACAUCUACCGUAACUGAGGAACCAAACUAACCUGAUAAAUCAAGGAAAAACAAACUACGACCAACUUACCUCCUAAACUAACUCAAAACAUGAGAAAACAAGGCGUUGGUGUUGUAUAGGAAAAAGGGAGCUGCCAGCACACAGAACAAACCUGUUAGUGGACUCAGUCGGUUUAUAAGAAGCUGCUAUUGAAUGUAUAUAUCAUAUCAUAAAAAUAUGUUAAUUUGAUUUAAGUGCUCUUAUGAACGUUCACUGUCGUAUUAACGCCUGUCAGACCUGUAGUGUUAAAUGAACCGAACUGGCAGUGAGAUUAAAUUUUAUCUUGAACAUUUUGCCUUUGACAGUUUUACUGCUUUUUUAAUAAUUGUUGUUCAUACUUCAAUGUAUUUUUGUUUUUUAUUUGUGAUUUGUUUUAUAAUUAAAUGUUUUGUUAUUUUCAUAUCAACAUUUCAUAUAUUAUUGCCUCAGUUGGUCAAAAUGACCCAAACUAUCCAUGAACAUUUCAGUAACACUUUGAGUCCUUAACAAAUGUUAUUCACAUAUUUCUCCUGAUUUAUUCAAAUAAAGGCAGAAAUAUGGAACA